ACUCAUCUGCUGUGUGAUCCUUCUAAAAAAUCGCCUACAAGUGAGAGGCAUUUUACGUGCGAGGCAACAUUUACCCCUCUCCUUCGACAUUUCACCCUCUCCGCUUUACGCAAUGUAGGCCUAUCCAUGAAGAAACAGUAAAGUGUUAAAUGUUAAAAAUACCAAUUCGCCGAAUUUCUCAUGCUGAAAGAGGACUCCGCAACUCGCGAGCGCGGCUCUGGUGCGUCUGUGCAGUAGACUCUGAAAAGAAAACUAUUAAUUUACAGCUGGGAACUCGUCGCUGCAAAAAGGACAUUGAAAACCUAUUUUUUAACUUUAAGACAAAUACGCUUAAAAAUCAAACUGGCUCACGUUCUUCCAAACCAACCCAGUUUGACAGCUGCUCUUCACCCCCUUUGGAGGACUGUCGGCAGCAAGAGGAUGGCAUCAGAACUGGCAAUGAGCAACUCCGACCUGCCCACCAGUCCCCUGGCCAUGGAAUAUGUUAAUGACUUCGAUCUGAUGAAGUUUGAAGUGAAAAAGGAGCCGGUGGAGCCCGAUCGCAACAUCAGCCAGUGCAGCCGCCUUAUUGCCGGGGGAUCCUUGUCUUCCACCCCGAUGAGCACGCCUUGCAGCUCGGUGCCCCCUUCUCCAAGCUUCUCGUCGCCCAGUCCGGGGUCGGGGAGCGAACAGAAGGCACACUUGGAGGAUUUCUACUGGAUGUCCGGUUAUCAACCGCAGUUGAAUCCGGAGGCGCUGGGCUUCAGCCCCGAAGACGCAGUUGAGGCGCUGAUCAACAGCAGUCACCAGCUCCAGUCCUUCGAUGGCUAUGCUAGAGGGCAGCAGUUUGCCGGCGGAGCCGGAGGAGGAGGCAACAUGGGCGGGGAAGAGAUGGGCUCUGCCGCGGCGGUGGUGUCCGCAGUUAUCGCCGCUGCAGCAGCCCAGAACGGGGGUCCCCACCACCACCAUCACCACCACAACGGUGGCCACCAUCACCAAUCACCCGGUGUCUCGUCCAACGGCAGCUCCGGAGGAAACCACCCACACAUGGGACAUUUGGACGACCGGUUUUCGGACGACCAGCUGGUGGGCAUGUCGGUGCGGGAGCUCAACCGGCAGCUACGGGGAGUCAGCAAGGAAGAAGUGAUCCGGCUGAAACAGAAGAGGAGGACCCUAAAGAACAGAGGCUAUGCGCAGUCCUGCCGCUACAAGCGGGUGCAGCAGCGGCACGUCCUGGAGGGCGAGAAGACGCAGCUCGUCCAGCAAGUCGACCACCUCAAGGCGGAGAUCUCCAGGCUGGCCCGGGAGAGAGACGCAUACAAAGACAAAUAUGAGAAGCUCAUCAGCAACGGCUUCAGAGAAAAUGGAUCCAGCAGUGACAACAACCCUUCCUCCCCGGAGUUUUUCAUGGGUUUGCUCAAGUCUGAGUUUUGGGGCUUGCAAUAGAAAGAUGGAACUUUGUCAUAAUUGUCCUUAAUUUUGGAGUAGAAACUGAAACCUGCCAUCAUCUUUUUUUUGCUACCAUACUUAUUAUUUGAUGCAUAUUUUUGUCAAGCUCUUUUUCAUCGUUGUUCAUUUGACUUGCGGUGUUUUAAAUAUGAACUAGCAUCUAUUAUUUUUCGAAGUUGUUUUAACUUUACAAUGUUGCUGUAUACUAUGUGUGCAUGCAAGCACUAAGUAUACGCCUUGGAAGUUCAUCGACUUGCCUUUUUUCACCUUUCGACUUUGAAAUCCGUGUACAAAUACCUGUCAAAAACUACAUCCAUCUACAGUAAGAAGACGUUUUUGGCAUUUUUCCCUUUCAGUUUUUGUUCUGCCAAACUCGGAGGACUGCGAGCCUACCAUUUUACCCCACCUCAUCUCAUGCGUAAUGCUUGCUAUUUUGUGUUAAGCAACAAACAGAGUAUUACUCAUAAUAAACAAUAUCCAUUAUUUUAAAAUAGAUAUGUUAUUGAACUGGCCUGCAUGCUGGACAUGUACGGUUUUUCUUUUCCUUUUGUGCUUGAAAAUGUACUUUUAUCGGAUGACUCCAGCAUGGCAUUCAUACUUGUUUUAUGACCUGAUCACCUUUUUUGGGACAGCAACAAAAAAGUGACGAGGACUCUUAUACCACCCCCCUUACCGUGUAAGUGCAUUUCAACUGUGUUGAAUGAUACUACUAAGCGCCCAUUUCUAUACAGAAUGACGCAUUCCUGAUGGAAGUUGUUCGGCGGGGAUCCAUGUAGCGAGGGAGCAAAAAGGACCUCAACUAUUCUAAAAUGAAUUAUCUAUCCCUAUAUGGGACUAAACUGUAUGUUGCUUAAAAGCAGUUUGUUUAUAUAAAAAAAAUACCCCAUCCUUGUGCAUUUAACAACUGUGGAAUGCUCUGGAUUAUAAUUGAAGUAUUUGUAGACCUACAGUAGUUGUUAUACUCUGUGAAUCUAAAGGAAAACAUGGAUGUGCUAGUUGACAUUUAAAAAAGAAUGUGAUGUAGAUGAUUAGGAUCAUUUAGCUGUAGGUUUCAUAAAGUCCUGUGCACUAAAUUGUUUUCCUGUCAUUGGUAGGAGAGGUUGGGGCGUCUUCAAUUGAUACAAUUGAACAGUAUUGUUUCCAUGCAUAAGCAGCGCUUUGUGCAGCAUGUUCUUGCAGUUCAAGCAGUAGUUUGACAGCUGUAGUAGUGUUUGUCUUCACCUACCACUCACUGUAUUUUAAACCAAAGUAUUAAAUGAGUAGAAACUUCAGCCCUAAGUCAGCGUGAACCCUGCAUUUUGAUAAUGUAUUUUGGACUGAAUUGCACUAAAAUGUAGUCUGCAAUAUAUCAUAGAAUGGGAACUCUAUGAAGCUAACUCGAAAACGCAGACCGAUACUUUUUGGCUUUGCUGGAUAACUUAAUUUUAAUAGUUUGUUGUCAACCAGUACUAGAUAUUUUUGGCUCAGACAAACUUAUUAUUUACAAGGCAAUAAUAUUAUUAUAAUCAAUAAUGUCUGGACAUUGUUAAAUAGACAGGGAUUGACACCCUGCUUGUACAAAAUGGGGGGGGUACCAUUCAUCAAUAAAUCUUUAAGGCAUAUGUUAAUUAAACUUUCCUCUUAUAUAUUUUGCUGUGCAAAAUUAUUUCCCUCACUAACCAUAUUAUAUAAUGUUCAUAUGUGCUCUUUUUUAAAUUUCUUACAAUUAAAUGAAAUGCAAUAAAUGUAUGUAAUUGGCCUUUCAUUAAGUUUCUCCGUUUUCUCUUGACAUAUACCUGCAGAGAUAAUGACUGAAUGUGGAUUUCACAAACAAAACCAGAGUAGUUCAUGUUAAUGGGAAUAGACACGAGGAGUUACAUUUGGGGGAUUGACUUGAAUUAAGCUAUAUGUGAAUUGGUAUUCAUCCAUUUUCGUCAAAUUUUCCUGAAGUUGUUCUAGUCUGUGGGAUUUGUCUUCAUCAGUGCAGAUGGAAGGAGGCAUGACUAAUGCCAGAUACGCACAUCAGUAACAAUUUGGUUGUCUAGGUUGCAACCCUGUCUAAUAUUAGCCUCGUUCAAAACCUCAGACAACAUCUUAAAUGUGGAACACAAUUUAGCUUCAAAAAUAGAUACACAUUGUACUUUUGAUAGAGAUAAAAUCAAUUUGGAAGUGAUGCACCUUAACAUUUCUGUGAGCAUCUUUACAGGUCAGUAGUAAAAGUGUUACUACGAAGUUAUUCAUGUUUUAUUUAAAAAUAAAGAAAGGUGUAAGAUAGACAGUCUCAUUACUAAUUAGACUUUGUUUCACUGUUCAAUAUUUAUUUGAACUAAAUACAAUUUCAUGUAAAAAGAAAAAUCCCUCAAAUUGAAUAAACAAAAUUAAAGGUAUAUUUGAUGUAAGAGUUAACAUUAUUUGCCAUGGAUCAAGCCUCCUGGGUAUGUAUUUACAUUCCAUAAUUAUUUUCAAUAUCAAUCUAUCAUUCAUGUCAUUGGAUGUAAAGCUU